CUUAUUUACCACAUUCCCCGCUUCACAGUAGGGCGAGGCACAUUUUUGCAGCCUUUAGCGGAUUUGAACAAUCCAACAACAUGUGGAUGUACUUGAUUUCAACUUUUAUUGCAACUUGCCUCCUCAUAGCAUUCAGUAUCAAAACGCUUUUUCCUUAUCUUUGGGCAGAUUUGUUGAAUUUCGGGGAUCUUUUGAGGAUUCUUCUGAGGUUCCUGUCGAGGCGCAGAAGGAGACCCUUCUUCUUCGCUUUGGACCGCUUUUUGGAGCAGACCGCCGAUCAUCCCAACAAAGUUUUCGUGGUGUAUAACAAUGAGAGUUAUACGUACGCGUCGACGGAUAAGAAAAGCAACAAGAUAGCCAACGCGCUCAAUGCUCACCCCAGCUACACAGCCGGGGACACCGUGGCCUUGUUCAUGGCCAACGAGCCCGCCUACAUGUUUACCUGGCUGGCCUUGGCUAAGCUGGGCUCCCCCGUGGCUAUGCUCAAUCACAACAUUCGCACCAAGUCUCUGCUGCACUGUUUCAACUGCUGCAAGGCCAAGGUGCUCAUUGCAGCUUCAGAGCUGAAAGAAGCGAUAGAGGAUGUUUUGCCCUCUCUUAGAGAGCAGGGUGUCGUCGUGCUGCUGAUGGUCCAAAGCUGUGAGACUCCUGGAAUUGAGAGCUUUUCUGAUAAAGUGGACCAAGCAUCAGAAGCUGCCCUUCCUCACUCGCUCAGAUCAAACAUCACAUUCAAAAGUCCUGCCGUUUAUAUUUAUACGUCUGGGACCACAGGCCUGCCCAAAGCAGCAGUGGUCAAUCAGAACCGCCUCCUAAUAGCUUUGGCUGUUUUAGCUUCAAAUGGUGUUUCUUCGAGUGACGUCAUCUAUUUGAACUUGCCUUUGUACCACACAGCAGGAUUCAUGAUAGGCUUUAUUGGCUCCAUUGAGACAGGGUCUACAAUAAUUCUGAAGAAGAAAUUUUCGGCCUCUCAAUUCUGGGAUGACUGCCGGAAACACAAUGUGACUGUGGUGCAGUACAUAGGAGAAGUGAUGCGCUACCUGUGCAGCACACCAAAGAGAGAAAAUGACAAGGACCAUAAAGUCAGAUUGGCUAUUGGAAACGGAAUCCGAGCAGAAAUAUGGCGGGAGUUUCUGAACCGCUUUGGCAACAUUCAGGUCAAAGAGUUUUAUGCCUCCACUGAGGGAAAUGUAGGAUUUGUCAACUAUGCAGGAAAAAUUGGAGCCAUCGGGAGAGUCAACUUCCUCUACCGGAAAAUAUUUCCUUACAGUUUCAUCAGGUACGACACAGAGAGAGAUGAACCGAUUCGAGAUGCUAACGGUUUCUGUAUUGAGGCACUCAAAGGGGAGACCGGACUGCUGGUGUCAAAGAUUACCGACAUUGCUCCUUUUGUCGGCUAUGCCCAGAAUGAAGAGCAAACUGAAAAGAAAAGACUCCGCAACGUUUUCAAAAAGGGAGAUCUUUAUUUCAACAGCGGAGACCUAAUGAGAUUGGACCAAGACAAUUUUAUUUACUUUCAGGAUCGUGUUGGUGACACAUUCAGGUGGAAAGGUGAAAAUGUGGCUACAACUGAAGUUUCUGACAUCCUGACAUUGUGUGAUUGUCUCAAAGAAGCCAAUGUGUAUGGGGUCCAAGUGCCAGGGCAUGAGGGGCGCAUAGGAAUGGCUGCUGUUACCAUGGAGAAAGAUGCACAAUUUGAUGGAAGGAAAAUCUAUAAUCAUGUGGUUAGCUACCUACCAGCAUAUGCCAGGCCACGCUUCAUAAGGAUAAAGGAUGUGGUGGAGUUGACGGCGACGUUCAAGCAAUUGAAAGUGAAGUUGGUGGAGGAGAGUUUUGAUCCAGGACGCAUCCAGGACCCCUUGUACAUCCUUGAUGAUGUCCACAAGAGUUAUAUGCCUCUCACACCUCAAAUUCACACCUCCAUCAUAUCAGGAAUAAUGAAACUAUAAACAAGUCGUUUGUGUGCCUGUGUUGGGCUUUCGCAGUGUUACUGCAGAGGUGCUUCAGUUCAAUAUCCACCUCAGGGAUGCUUACUUGCCUUUUAACGACCAGUGAUGUGAAACAAUGUAGCGGCAUACAUUUUUAAAAGCAGUAAAUGGACAUAUGAGAUGACUUAUUGAGGAAGCAAUACAUUGUAUAUACUGUAUCAGCUACCUGCGAGUUAUCAUGUACACUUAUAGUGGUGUGAAAAGGUGUUUGCCCCCUCCCUGAUUUCUUUUUUUUUUAAAUAUUUGUCUUAUAUUUGAGUGAGACAAAAUUAAUCCACAGCGCCAUGAGCGUCUCAUUGCAAAUUAUUGCAAACACUUGAUUGCAGUUGUUGCUGCUAAAGGUGGCCCGAGCAGCCAAUCACAGGGCACAUAUAGACAAACAACCAUUCACACUCACAUUCAUACCUAUGGACAAUUUGGAGUCGCCAAUUAACCUAACAUGUUUUUGGAAAUGUUGGAGGUAACCGGAGAAAACCCAUGCAUGCACGGGGAGAACAUGCAAACUCCACACAGAGAUGGCCGAGGGUGGAACUGAACUCGGGUCUCCAAGCUGUGAGAUCUGCGCGCUAACCACUCGUCCGCCGUGCAGCCCCCUUGAACUGUAUUUUUGUCUUAUUCCAGGAAGCCAUAAUAGAACAGGCAUGGUACCUACAAUAUACUGUAAGAAUUUAGUUAUGGCAGUACACAGAUAGUGGUGGUAGUAACCUGCAUUGACUGGCCACAACAUUAGGUACACCUGCACAGUGCACUAACCACUACCAACUGUUGUCAUUUACUUACAUCAAAAUGUGAUAUCUGAAACAUUUAAGCUUGACAAAAAUGCUAAACCAAAGAAAUCAAGAAGGGGGGAAACACUUCCUCACACUAGUAAUUAUUUACUUGAAAAAAAUGUGAUUCCAUAUUGUUUUGAUAAAUCUGCUGGUCUUGUCUAAGGACUGAAGACCAACACAGCAUAUAUGAAUAAAUGGUGUAAUCAGAUAUUUUUAAGAACAUACUAUGGGAUGUUCUGUGCUACCUGUAAAUAUAUAUGUACAGGUAAGGCAUAACUUUUAGAAUAUACAUGUAUGUUACUAUGGAAGCAUGUGACUAAAUAAAUACGUGGCAUUUUUCUGGGCUUGGUCAAUGAAUCAUUUGGAAGAUGUGUUCAUUUUAAUGUAGAUUGAAGUAAUGUUUCCAAAAAUCCACAAGGUGGAGACAAACACUCACAAUAGAGUCUUCAUCUCUGACCCCCGUUUGUUGCUUUGAAAUUCUUUGCUGGGAUGGUUUUGAAGCAGCUUUAGCUUUACUUUUUGGACAAAAUAUCUGGACAGCUGUCCAUCACACCUACAGGAUGUGAAAAUUACGGAACUAGACCCCUCUUAGCUUCCUUUCCAUUGGGAAGACUUUCUGCAAGAACAUUUGUGACCUCUGACCAUUACCAUCACUGUUCUUGUUCAUAUCAAAUGUGUGUGAUGUCCAUCCACACAUCUACAACCCGGG